AUGGGAACUGGAGGGAGCAUUAUAAAAGUCACACAUUGCGGAAGCGGAUGGCGUCGAAUAUAUUUCUUACGAACUUCAAAUCUUCCUGGGCUCGACAAUGUUGCUAUGAAUGAAUGCCCAGUUUGCGGCGCAGCUAGAAGUAGAAUGGAAAGGCAUCUUGUCGACGUUAAUGGAUUUUCGCAAGACCAAAUUGCGGAAUAUAAGGCUCAGAAGAAGAGCCGAAGAAUUAGCGCAUCGGGAAAGCCAAUACACAACUGCGACUACUGCGAUGCCACGUUCAACAGUGAAUAUGCGUCAGUCCGCGAGUCUCUCUUCAAAGUGAUGAGAAACCCAACGGCAGCCACGCGAAUGGGUUUGGAGCAGGCGGAAAGCAAGUUGAAGGAAUUCCGUAAAAUGAUAGACGAUUUGGCAGGGAAUGUUGAAGAGAGCGAGAAUAAUGUUCGCCUGGCUCGCCGUCCAGAAGUGCCUCCGGUCGGCCGUCCUCAAACGCUAACUCCUAUACGGAAGCUGCACAAGCGCGCACAUCUACGCAAAGAAGAACAGGCUAAACGGAAGCCAACGCUGGAUAUCCCCGACUGCGCGCAAGACGAGAGGGACGCGUGUGCUUGUCCAACAUGCGAAGAUUGGAUGCAUACUGAAUGCAUCAACAACGUUUGCCCUCGAGAUGGUACCGACCUGGAAAGGAAUGAUGUGUAG